AUGACUUCAAUUCUCUUCUUGUGCAAUCUCAUUCUGUAUACCUGCACUCGAAAUACUAAUAUUUCAAUAAACAACUUACAAGAUGUCAUUUCAACACUUAAAUCUGUUCAAAAGUACAUGAAGAUGCGAAUAUUUGGAGGAAUUAUUGGCGUUUUAGAACAAUUACAAAAGGAUCAAUCCAGUACAACAAAUCAAAUCGAAAAACUUCAAGCAGAUUUAAUUCGGAUCCAAAAAGAAAAAGAAAACGUUGAGAAAGAAAUGCAAACUCUUCACUCUCAAUUCAAAGAGAAAGAAAUUCUUUCUAAAAUUUCGGAACUUAAAAAUUCUAAAGAUUUCGAUCAAAUCUACAAAUUCCUUGACGAAAUUUCAGAAAAAGGAAAUCAAAAAAUGAUACAAAAAGCAUGUGAAGAAGAACUUUGGAAAAAACAAAAUCAUGGUGAUUAUUAUGGUACAAAUGUACUUCAUUAUGCAUCUUCAAAAGGAAAUCUGAGACUUGUUAAAUCUCUCAUUGAAUGUGGCUGUGACAAAGAAAUCAUGAGCAAAAUUGGUGGUGGUACAGCUCUAAUUUGGGCAUCAUAUUAUGGUCAUCUUGAAGUUGUUCAAUAUCUUAUCUCAGUUGGAGCUAAUAAAGUAGCAAAGGAUAAUGAUGGAUAUACUCCACUCAUUUAUGCAUCAUAUUAUGGUAAACUUGAAGUUGUUAAAUAUCUUAUCUCAGAUGGAGCUAAUAAAGAAGCAAAGGAUAAUGAUGGAUAUACUCCACUCGCUUGGGCAUCAUGUUAUGGUCAUCUUGAAGUUGUUAAAUAUCUUAUCUCAGUUGGAGCUAAUAAAGAAGCAAAGGCAGCAUUUGGAAAUUCUCCACUCGCUUUGGCAUCAAAAGAAGGUCAUCUUGAAGUUGUUAAAUAUCUUAUCUCUAUUGGAGCUGAUAAAGAAGCAAAGAAUGAUGGUGGAUGUACUCCACUCAUUUGGGCAUCAAGAAAUGGUAAACUUGAUGUUGUUAAAUAUUUUAUCUCAGUUGGAGCUGAUAAAGAAGCAAAGAAUAAUGAUGGAUAUACUCCACUCAUUUGGGCAUCACAAAAUGGUCAUCUUGAAGUUGUUAAAUAUCUUAUCUCAGUUGGAGCUAAUAAAGAAGCAAAGGAUAAUUCUGGAGAUACUCCACUCAUUUUUGCAUCAUGUUAUGGUCAUUUUGAAGUUGUUAAAUAUCUUAUCUCUAUUGGAGCUGAUAAAGAAACAAAGGAUAACAAUGGGAAAACAGCACUUGAUUAUUCGAAAGGAGCAUUAAGAGAAUAUUUAUUAUCAAUUGCAAAAAAAUAA